UCGAACGUGGCGGCGCCAAGCUUUUAAACAGAGAUGAUUUAUCUUUAUAAUAAAGUUUCACUCAUAAAUCGCUUCUUUUAUAAGAUGUGGUAAAUAUUUACAAACUCUGCAUGCAGCUGAUUAUUUGUUUAAAGUGUAAACUCAUGUGUAAGACAUGACUGCUAAGGCGUGCAGUGAGUGGGGAGGACUGUUCAGUGUUGGGGACGAGCUGGAUGAUGAAGACCUGCUGGAAGCUGACUGGACACACACACCUGCCUCUAGACCUCCUGUAGUUCCAGGCUCGACACCAUUAAAAGAAUCGACCAAGACGUGUUCCCACAAUGCCGAGCAGGGCCCUGUUGCUCUAGCAGCGAGCUUGAGGGACAGUUUUUCAGCACCAAACUUUGCCAAACCAGAACUUCGCCUCCCACAAUCCAGUCCUGUUAAAGCUCUAAGAAGCAUCGGCAGGAAUCUGUCCUCUGUCUCACACUCUGACCCCCAUGUUGCCCAUUCUUCUCUUCGAGCACCUCUGGGAAGCUCCACUUUAUUACAUUCUGAAACUGCUCAAUCGAAGCGUCCACCGCCAGUCUGCGCUGUUCCUCAAAAGGAAUCCCUUCAGGAUGAUUUUGAUGACUGGGACGUGGAUCUGGAGGAGCUGGACGAGUGUGUUCAUCUGAAAACUUCAGCUUCAGUUAGGAACUUUCCAUCAGACGACACUUCCCCAACUAAACGGUUAAAACUGUCACGCGCGGGUCAAACUAAUCCAGUUCCUCACACUACUGUAACACCCAGACCUCCAGAGUCUUUUGUCCGAUCACCGUCUUCUAACACAUUCACCCCACGGGCUAACUUGCAGCCCGGUGUCCCUCCAUCCUGCCGUUUCUCCAGUCCACUGACCCCUAGACCUGUCAGACCAUCGGCUCAGUGGCAGAGAGGACCCGUCACUCCUGGGGUGGAACCACGCCCCACGGGCUCACUGUUUCAGGCCAUAUCUCCUGCUCCAUCUCCUACGCAUAGGCCCCGUCCCCUCCAGAUGCCUGUCUUAACCAAUCACCUGGUCCAGCUGGUGUCUGCCGCUAAUAAGACGCCUCAGAGGCCUCGGAGCGAUGCGGUUCGGUCGAAAACGCGCCGCUUUCCAGGUCCGGCCGGUGCUCUGCCGCAGCAGGUUACUGGACAUAGUUUGGAUGAUAUUGUUGUGAAAGUUCCUCAGACACCAGCACAUGGGGCUGUAGCUCGCCAGCGCAGUGAGGUUCCCAGCUCUGCAGUGAGUGAGGAGGAUGAGUUCAGUGGAGGUGCAUGGGCGGCGAUGAAGGCUGAGAUGGGGCUGGAUGAAAGGAAUCCGGCGUGUUUCCUGCAUUCGUACAGCACAGUCAUGGUGCUGAGAAAAGCAGCUCUAAGACAGCUGCCCAAAAAUAAAGUUCCCAACAUGGCUGUGGUGUUAAAGAGCAUCGUACACACACACGCUGAUGCUAAAGCGGUGUUCCGGGACCCUACUGGUGAGAUCCAGGGGACGGUUCACCGACGUUUGCUAGAGGACAGACAGGAGGAGCUGAAGCCUGGUGCUGUGCUGCUGCUUAAACAAGUGGGCGUGUUUUCCCCCUCUUAUCGGAACCACUACCUAAACGUGACGCCCAAUAACCUGCUGCGUAUCUACCCACCUGACGGCACCGUGUACUCGUCCUCCCAGCAUUCCCAGUCCUCACUGGGACUUGGAUUGUUGGCGUGUACGCCCCCCGGGGUUGAAGGGGGCCCGGUCUGUCAGAUGGAGCUGCAUUUUGAUGACGAUGCUGAGGAAGAGCAAAGCACUGUCUCAGAUAUUCCUGCACCUCCUGGUAGUAAUGUAGCCCAGCACUCUUUAGGUCAGGAACAUUCAGAAGAUGCUCAGUGGGGGACCGACGACCUUGACGAGCUGCUUGGGGAGUUACCUGUGGAAUCAUACACUGCCUGAAACUAAAUACACCUUAUUAGCAUCACAGCAGAAUACUUUAAUUAUAUUUUUGUUUUGUUUGUUCUGUAUAAAGGCUUCUGUAAAAUAUGUAUAUAAUCAAAGAAAGCGGUCAUCUAAAGUGCUGAAGAAUAAAUCCUUCUGUUUAAA